AUGGGGGUCCUCAACUUGGAGCUGAUUUUUGACCAUAUGGGGCACUUCGGCAGAUUACAGAUAUUCCUGUAUUUUAUAUGUGCCUACCAGAAUGUCUCUUGUGGUAUCCACUACGUGUCUACUAUAUUCAUGUUGAUUACCCCAGAGUAUACCUGCAAGCCGCCAGGAGAAGUGAAACGGGCUGUAUUUCAGAAUGUCUCUCAUUGGAGGUUGGAAGAAAUCUUGACCCUGUUGUCCCCAGGGCAGAAAGAUCACAUUUCAGUGGAGCUGCAGGAUGGUGAGAUCUGGGAGCUCACAAGAUGUAGCAGGAUCUGGAGGGAGAACAUGUCGCAUUUGGACUAUGAAUACGAUGGCUAUGAGCAUAACAUUUCUUGCUCUGAUGGCUACGUUUAUGACCGGAGCAAGUGGGAAAACACUGCGGUGACCAUGUGGGAUCUGGUCUGUGACCAGAAAUGGUAUGCGGAUAUGAUCCAGCCCUUCAUUAUGCUUGGAGUCCUGCUGGGAGCAAUCAUUUUUGCCUACCUUUCUGACAGACUAGGAAGGCGAAUGGUCCUGUGGUGCACAAGCACUGGCAUAUUUUUGUUUGGAAUAAUGUCAGUAUUUACGUUUGAUUAUUAUAGCUUCGUGAUCGCACGCUUUCUUCUUGCUGUGACUGCAAGUGGCUAUCAUGUGGUAGUGUUCACCUAUGUCAUGGAAUUCAUUGGUAUGAAGUUUCGAACGUGUAUGUCCAUCCAUUUACAUACCUUCUUUGCAAUUGGGAUAAUAACAGUGGCUUUGAUGAGCCAAAUAGUCAAAACCAUGUGGAUUUACCAAAUGAUUCUUUCCACUGUGACUGUCCCCUUUAUCCUUUGCUGUUGGAUGCUCCCAGAGACACCUUUUUGGCUUGUCUCAAAAGGAAAAUACAAAGAAGCACAAGUUCUAGUUGAUAUUAUAGCUGAGGGUAAUCAUGGUACGCCCUGUGACCUGUCAGAACUUUUUUCACUGGAUCUAAAUGGUCCUGUCAAUAAUACUUCUGUAGCUAAUAAGCACAAUGUAACAGAGCUGUUUCUUGACUGGAACAUUGCAUCAAGGAUAUUUAUGCUUUGGAUCAUUUGGCUUACAUGUUCUUUGGGAUUCUCCUUUUUCAACAUGGAUAGAUUUAAUGUAAUAAAUGAUGAAUACUUACGGCUCAUCCUAGUGGGUUCAUUGGAAAUUGCUGCCAGCUCCUUUUUGUCCAUUGUGCUAGACAGAGUGGGGAGAAGAAAAGUUCUAAUCUGUUCCCUUCUCUGCACUGUGCUGAUCUGUGGUACGUUGAUGGUGAUCCCCCAGGAUGCCACUAUCUGGAAAAUAGUGAUAGUUAUUAUCGGAAAACUUGCAAUAGGGUCAGCAUUUGGCCUCAUUUACAUUUAUACAGCAGAGCUGUAUCCAACCUUUAUAAGGUCGACAGCGGUGGGCAGUGGCAGCAUGGCGGGCUGCGUGGUAAGCAUCGUGUCUCCGCUCACCAAGGAAAUCGCCAAAACUUGGAUCGUCGUACCACAGGUCCUCAAUCAGUUCAUAGAACUUACUGGUGUACUACUAUCCAUACAGCUUCCAGAAACCACUGGGAAGCCAUUGGCAACUACUUGGGAGGAAUUUGCACAACUGGAGGCAAAAGAGAAAUCAUAUAACAAAACUAAAGGAAAAGAGCUGGAAAAAAAGGAAGCAAUUGACCUUGAGGGUUCUGCUGCUGCUGCUGAAUAA